CUAGUGACUUGUGAGUGAUUGUGAAGUAUUAUCUAGAAAUGGGUUUCUGUGUUUCAGUUUCUCAUGGUCAUGGCCUCUCUUCACAUCUCCCUUCCUCCUUGUUACAUGCCCAACAAUCGUGUUCAUCGUCAUCAAAGUCAACUCUAUUCAUGGGGUUCCCACUCACUUCCCAUGCUUCUACUCUCCACGGGAAAGAGUGCCGUCCUCGACCACAGCUGGUUGUUUAUUCCAAGAGGGUAUCAGGCUUAGAGGAGGCCUUGAGAAUAAGGAGAGAGCGUGAACUUCAGGGUACAACAGAGUUUAGAAGGCCGCCACCUUUAAGACGAGGGAAGGUGUCACCACGUCUUCCUGUGCCUGAUCACAUACCAAAGCCUCAUUAUUUAGAUUCAAAUAUAUUGCCCGAAAUUUCCAGUGAACAUCAGAUUCAUGAUGCUGAAGGCAUUGCUCGAAUGAGAGCUGCUGGUGAGCUUGCUGCUUGUGUCUUAAACUAUGCAGGGACGUUAGUUAGGCCAUCAGUGACAACGGAUGAAAUUGACAGAGCUGUGCACCAGAUGAUAAUAGAGGCGGGUGCUUAUCCUUCACCUCUUGGGUAUGGUGGGUUUCCUAAGAGUGUAUGUACUUCAGUUAAUGAGUGCAUGUGCCACGGAAUACCUGAUUCUCGCCAGCUACAGAAUGGAGACAUAAUAAACAUAGAUGUGACAGUGUACCUAAAUGGUUAUCAUGGAGACACAUCCAGGACAUUUCUCUGUGGAGACGUCAGUGGUCCAGUUAAACGCCUUGUACAAGUAACCGAGGAGUGCUUGGAGAAAGGCAUAGCUGUUUGCAAAGAUGGUGCUAGUUUCAAAAAAAUUGGAAAAAAGAUCAGUGAGCAUGCUGAAAAAUAUGGUUAUAGAGUGGUGGAGCGUUUUGUUGGGCACGGUGUCGGGACUGUUUUUCAUUCUGAGCCAAUUAUAUUUCAUCAUCGCAAUGAAGGUCCUGGUCACAUGGUUGAAGGUCAAACAUUUACCAUUGAACCAAUUCUUACACUGGGAGGCAUCGAGUGCACCACAUGGCCGGACAACUGGACAACUUUGAGUUCCGAUGGCAGCCCUGCUGCUCAGUUCGAACAUACCAUCCUUAUCACAAGAACCGGUGCGGAAAUUCUGACUAAAUGUGAAGACACGAAUCUUUAAUCGAUCAUAUAUUGGACACAUUAUGCACAUAUAGGCAAAAGGUGCAUAUUGGCUUCCUUCAUAAGGUGCCUGUAAAAUAACAUAAUGUAACCUCGAUUACAAAAUGUGUUAUUUUAGCCCAAAGCUAUUCAGAUGCAAAAGAAG